AUGAGCGACAAGCAGAGAGGCCAGCGGCGCCACAACUUCCGACGCCGCCGCGGAUCGAAACCCGCCGCCCCGGGAAAGCAGCCGCCCGCUCCCGUUGCCGACCAGCUCUCCUCCUCCUCCUCGCCCGGCGCACACGAUGACGCCUCUCCAGCCGCAGCCGCCGAUGCCAACCCCGACGCCCGACCCGACGCCAGACCCGACGCCAGGCCCGCCCUCACCGAGGACGUGCCCGCCGACACCCCGCGGUUCGCCGACCUCGUCGGCCAAAACCUCCUGCACCCUUCCCUGAUCCGGGCCAUCACCGACGACCUCAAGUUCGACCGCAUGAUGCCCGUCCAGGCGGCCACCCUGUGGGAGCUGCUGCCGCCCCGCCGGUGCGACUGCCUCGUCCAGGCGCGCACCGGGACCGGCAAGACCAUCGCCUUCCUGCUGCCCGCCCUCCAGACCAUCGUCGCCCGGAAACAGGAGCGCUCCUCGGCCCCGCCAAUCUCGCUCCUCGUCAUAUCCCCCACGCGAGAGCUGGCCAUGCAGAUCGCCCAAGAGGCCGCCGGCCUGCUCCGGCGGCUGCCCGACUUGGUGGUGCGCACCGCCAUCGGCGGCACCAGCAAGGACAAGGAGGAGAAGCAGAUCCUGUCCGGCUGCCACGUCCUCGUCGCCACGCCCGGACGCCUCAUCGACCACAUGUCCAACGAGGACAUCCUCUACUCCUUCAGGCAGCUCGACACGCUGGUUCUCGACGAGGCCGACCGGCUCCUGGACAUGGGCUUCAUGCCUUCCCUGAGGGAAAUCGUCGGCAAGCUGCCGGACAGGAGCCGCGUCAGCAGGCAGGGCAUGCUGUUUUCCGCCACCGUGCCCCCGCGCGUCAGCCAGGUGGCCGGCCUGGUCCUGGCCCCCGGCUACAAGUUCAUCUCCACCAUCCCCGCCGGCCAAGUCGCCACGCACGAGCGCGUCCCGCAGCUGCUCGUCAAGGUCGCCGCCUUCUCGUCCGUCACCGCCGCCGCCGUCGGCGCCGUCAGGGAGCAGGCCGCCCAGCAAAAGGACGUCUUCAAGGCCAUCGUGUUCGCCCCGACGGCCGCGCUCGCCGGCUUCUACGGCCACGUGCUCUCCCGCGUGCCGGGGCUGCCGCCCGUGUCCACGCUGCACAGCCGCAUGACCCAGAGCAGGCGGACGAGGGUCACCGACGAGUACCGCGACGCCACCUCUGCCAUCUUGGCCGCCACGGACGUGGUUGCCCGGGGCAUGGACUUCCCCGGCGUCACGACCGUCUUCCAGGUCGGCAUCCCGAUGGAGAAGCAGAGCUACGUGCAUCGCAUCGGCCGCACGGCCCGCGCCGAUGCCGACGGCAUGGGCGUGUUUCUCGUCUCCGAAGCAGAGUCGUUCUUCCCUCGAUGGACCCUGAAAAGCAUCGCCUUCACCCCGCAUGACGCCGACGUCACGGCCCAGGACGAGGUUGACCGCAUCAUCCUCGAGACGGUCAGCGAGGAGGAGAAGACGCAGAUUUACCAGUCGUGGCUCGGGUACUACAACAAUCAUCUCAAAGGGCUCCAAUGGGACAAGGAGGAGCUGGUCAGGCAGGCCAACCAGUAUGCUCGCCAAGGGCUCGGGACUCCGGACGUUCCGCCGAUCCAGAAGAGCACCGUCGGCAAGAUGGGUCUGCGAGGCACCAGAGGCUUGAACGUCGUGCCCGACAAACCCAAGUCUAGAGGAUCAAGGGGACGCGGGCGCGGGCGCGGGCGCGGUUGA